CACCCUGUUUUCCCCGGCUCCCGCGGGUCCCCCGCCGCUGCCGCCCCCCCGCGCUGUCGGGCGGGCCCCGCCGGGGCGGAGCCGCCGGAGGAUGCGGGAGGGGACGCGGGGCCGCGGGGCGGGGGCGGGGGCAGCGCCCGGCCGGGAUUCACCGCCGCAGUCCCUCCCGGCCCCGCGGGCGCUUCCUUCCCCCGCCGGGGCCGCUAUAAAGGGGGCGGCCGGGCGGAGCGGCCCAUGCUCAGCUCGGGGCGCCGCCGGCCGCCCCCUCCGCGGGCCAUGCGGCCGCUGCUGCCGCUGCUGCUGCUGCUGCUGCUCGGGACGGUGGCGCUGGCACAGCCGCGGGACCUGUCCCCCGCGGGCGCGCAGUGCCUGGAGCACGAGUGUUUCGCCGUGUUCUGGGCGUCCCGGUCCUUCUCGGGCGCCAGCGAGGGCUGCGAGCGGGGCGGGGGACACCUCAUGACCGUGCGCUCCACCGUGGCCGAGGAGGCGAUCGCGCUGCUGCUUCAGAACCGCGAGGGGCGGCUCUGGCUCGGGCUGUCGCUGUCGCCCUCCUUGUCCUGCACUGAGCCCAGCCGGCGGCUCCGCGGUUUCCGCUGGAUCACCGGCGACCGCAGCACCGAUUACACCAACUGGGCGCCGUCGGGGCAGCGCUGCGGCGAGCGCUGCGUGACCGUGUCCCGGGAGCUGCGCUGGGAGGAGCGGCGCUGCGAGGAGCCGGCCGACGGCUUCCUCUGCCAGUACAGCUACGGAGGCAGCUGUCCCCGCCUGGCCACCCAGCACGGCGUCCCCGUCACCUACGCCACCCCUUUCGGCGCCCGCGGAGCGGACUUCCUGGCGCUGCCUCCGGGCAGCGUGGCGUUCAUCCCUGACCUCGGGCUGGAGCUGCGCUGCGAGGACGGGGACGGCGCGGGGCCGCGCUGGGGCCGCGACACGCCGGGAGCGUGGCCCUGCGAGCUGGCCGGCGGUGGCUGCGCGGGGACGUGCGCGGAGGAGCGCGGGCGGCCGCGCUGCUCCUGCCCCGAGGGCGCGGUGCUGGGCCCGGACGGGCGCGGGUGCCGCUCGCCCUGCGAGGGAGCGCAGUGCCAGCAUCACUGCGUGGUGGCCGACGGCUCCUUCGUGUGCAUGUGCUCCGUCGGGUACCGGCUGGCGGCCGACGGCGUCAGCUGCGAGGACAUCGACGACUGCGCCAGCGAGCCCGGCCCGUGCGAGCAGAAGUGCGUGAACACCAAGGGCGGCUUCGAGUGCCAGUGUCACAGCGGCUACAGGAUGGUGGACGGGCACUGCCAGCGCCUGCCGCCCUGCUGGGAGAUGCCGUGCCAGCAGCGCUGCGAGGAGCUGCCCGACGGCUACCGCUGCGGCUGCCACCCCGGCUACGCCGUGCACCCGCUGGACGCCACCCGCUGCCGCCUGCACUGCAACACCACCGAGUGCCCGGCCGUGUGCGACGCCGACGGGGCCUGCGAGUGUCCCGAGGGAUUCAUGCUGGACGACGAAGACCAGCUGUGCGUGGACCUGGAUGAGUGCGACAGCGGUCACUGCGAGUUCAACUGCACCAACACGCCCGGUGGCUUCCAGUGCCAUUGUCCCCACGGCUACCACCUCCACGGCGUCGACUGCAUCCCCAUCCUGGACGGGGACGGCGAGGAAGCGUCCUCGGGGGAUUUGGAGCUGGAACCGCACACGCCUGUCCCCAGCCGGCCCCCGCCGAAAGCGGAGCAGCUGCACCCCGGGGUGCUGGUGGGCAUCGCCGCGGGUGCCCUUGUGAGCCUCCUGGCCCUGCUGGCUCUGGGAUUCCACCUGGCCAGGAAGCGCUGCCGCUCCCACGGCUCCAUGGAUUACAAGUACAGCGGCCCCCACGAGAAGGAGCUGGGACUUCAGCCCGUGCCCUCGGCGCAGAAGCCGUAGGGACAGCGGGCAGGACGGACACUGGACACGGGACACUGGGAGGCCGGACUGGGUGACAUUUAUCCGCCCCCCCUCCUCCCCCCCCCAAGCCCCUUCGCGCCCCGGCUGGAAUUUUUGGAUGAUAAUUCGGGAGAAGCUGUGAUCACAUCACUUCCAGAAAUACUCGCUGCUUCCCGGCCGGCUCUGGGAAAGCUGGCGCCGGAGAGCGGGGUCAGCAGAACACCCCGAGGCUGCUCCGCUCCUGCUCCGUUCCCGCUUCUUUGGCGUUCAGCUUUCCUUUUCCCGAGCCGGCGGUCGGGAAAACCGCAAGGAAAAAUCCAGGAGGGGCGGCUCCGUGUGCAAGUGACUCUAAAUCCGCGGGAUGAGAGCACGGUGUGACCAAGGCGGGGACUUUGGAAGGACACCUCCACCCAAAUCCCCCUCCCCCGGGCUGGAUGGUUUUCCUGAGCUGGGAGGCUCCUGCUUUCCUUUGGGAUGGGAUUUAUUUGUUUUAAGCUGAGGGGAGGAGGAACAAAGAUGUUGUGGGAAGCACUUGUCACCUUAAGCCACUGGUGACAGCAGGGUCCCGGCUCGGUGUCACCAAGGUGGGACUCAAAUUCCUGAAUCCCAUUCCCUCUCCUUAUUUUUUGCGGGAUGUGGAGGUUAAACAGGGACACGAAGGCUGCCGGGGUGAAUUUUGUAGGAAAGGUUUGCGGUGCUGCAGAGCCACAUCCAGGUCCUUCCAUGACUUUCUGCUGUUGUUGCCUUAAAUUCGAUUGUUGGAUUUGGGAUAUUUUUACCACCCCUCCUACCCACAGGGAUCUUCCCUGUUCCCUCAUGCAGGGCUGACUCUAUCCCAAGGCAAAACAUUCCCAGGGGGUGGGAUCCAGCGCGCCGCUCAUUCCCUGCCAAUGGCUGGGGGGGAAUUCUGAGAAGGGUCUGGUUUUCCAGCUCCAUCCUUCCCUGGGGAGCCAAAGGGGGCCCUGCUCCGGCUGCCGUUGGAGCAGGCACUGGCAGCUUUAUGCCAGUGAAAUAUUAUCCCGGAGUGGCGGAAGUUUUGUUCUGUUCCCCCACAUUCCUCCCUCCCACCCUAUGAACUUCCCAGCGCACAGCAUCCCCACUGGAAAUUCCCAGGAAAAUAAAAAUGAGGCAUCUGUAGGAAUUAUGGUUUUCCUGAAAGGUCGUUAUCCUGAAGGCUGGAUAACUGAGGGUGCUGUCUAUGGAUCCCUUGGGAUGGAUUAAAGUGAAACCUCACGGAGUGAGGGCGGUAAAUUUGUGGAUGUGCCAGGUUUAUUUUAGGACAGUUUGGCUGCAGUGGGAAGGAGGGAGCUGUUGUGAUCAUCCAUAAUUAUCCAUGAUUAUUCAGAAAGAGAUAUCAAAAUAUAAAGGUGUCACUUGGGAAAAUACCCAAGGGAAAGGAAGGGAAAGAAAGGAUAAGGUUUGAGAGUGGAAGGACUUUGCUGACGCAUCAUCCCACCUGCAGAAUCUGCUUCCCAUGGAUCUUUCCUUGUUAUCCAGCUUAAACCCCUGCUUGUUCCUGGGUGGAUCCGAGAUUUUGCCACCACAUCCCCAAAAUCUCCUCCCCCCACCUAAUCUCAAAUUCCCACUGCGGAGUUUUAUCUUAUCACAAAUUCCUUCCUUAUGGUGUGUCGGAGUCCUGAAUUCCCGGCACUCCCUGUUUUAUCCUCUCCCCACCCUGGCCUGCUCCCCCUGGGCCCAUUUGUAAAUCCUUAUUUAUUUAUUGGAAUUUUACCAUGUGUGAUGGAAUUGUCUCAUGGAGAUCCUGUGUGGACAACAAUAAAGUUUUGCCAGUCUGGUUCA